GUCCCGGGGCGGCAGGGCAGGGCUGGGCCGGGCCGGGCCAGGGGAGGAGCGGCGGGAGACGGAAGUGAAAACAAGAGCGGGGGGACGGAGCUGCCGCCUCGCAGACGCGCUGCGGUGUCCUCGCCUCUCCGCGCUGUGCCGCACCGCCGGGCAUCAGUUCUUUGGAUUUGGUCCGUGAAUACUAAACAUCAUGAGCAACUACAGCGUGUCUUUGGUCGGGCCGGCUCCCUGGGGUUUCAGGCUUCAAGGGGGCAAGGAUUUCAAUGUGCCUCUGUCUAUCUCUCGACUUAAUGACGGUGGCAAGGCAGCCCAAGCACACGUGGGGAUCGGUGAUGUGGUUCUCACCAUUGAUGGGAUAAGCACGGAUGGGAUGACUCAUCUAGAAGCACAAAACAAGAUCAAGGCAUGUACAGGCAAUUUGAACAUGACUCUGCAAAGAGUGUCUUCUAUACAAAAACCUGAUCAUUUUCAUGUGACAAAGGCAGAACCUGCCGAAGUAGUUAAGCCUGUGCCCAUUGCCUCUGCUGUUGCACCCAAAGUCACUGCCACAGCCAGCGUGGCUUUCAAUAAGACACCGAGGCCGUUUGGAGCCGUAACCUCCUCCAAGGUCACCUCCAUCCCAUCACCGUCCUCCGCCUUCACGCCGGCGCAGGCAUCGGCCGCGUCCCCGUGUGCCGUGCCUGGAGUGCAUGCUAACGCCAAGCCUAACGCUGAGCCGUGGCCGCCUGUGCCGGGCGCUCCUAAACCUGCAGUUCCUGUCCCACGGCAGCACGGUGCCGCCCCGAGCGCCUCGGCCGCCGACGGCGCCCAGGACGCAGCCGAGGGGCCGCGACGAGGAGGCAGAGAGAACCAGGGGGAGAGUAAACAGCAAAAUGGGAAAAACCCACCCAAACGCCCCCCGCGGAAGCACAUCGUGGACACCUACACGGAGUUCUACCACACGCCCACCCACAGCGAUGCCAGCAAGAAGCGGCUGAUCGAGGACACCGAGGACUGGCACCCCCGCACCGGCACCACCCAGUCCCGCUCCUUCCGCAUCCUCGCCCAGAUCACGGGCACGGAUCACAUGAAAGAACCAGAAAAUGAAGCUGGGAAGAAGACUAAGAAAAGACAAACAGAAAAUGGAGACGUCAGUCUACCUGCAGAUCUACCUGAUGGAGCAGGAACCCAGGAUACCUGUAUUAAUUUGUAUAAAAAAUCCAUAGCUGCCCCAACUUUGGAGAUACCACCUGCACCAGAAUUUCCAUCCACACCUUUACCACCUUUGAGUGAAAACAAUGCUAGACCAGAACCUGCAGCUGCUCUUUUGCCGGUAGCAGAUUCCUGCCCUGGCAGUGUUCCCUUUCCCAGACUUUCUGAACAUAUUGCUGCUCCAGCUCCUGCGAGGUAAAUUGAUUCAGUUAACAAUCUAUCCUCUUCUUGCCUGGGUUUGUCUGUCUUGGAGGAGAGAGAGUUGUUUGUCAUUCACUUAAAAUAAACUUCAUUAAGCUGCUGUGACUAGGGAUUUUCCUGGAAAUGGUAGGAGGGGGAAGGACAAAAAUUAGAUAAAAAUGAGGAAAUUCAUGAACAGUCUUGUGGAUACUAAUUAAAACAAGCUACAAUAUUUAGUGUGUGUGUGUUGUCAGUGGGUGUCCCAUAUAACUUGGAGUAACUUUUUAGUUGUCUCAACUAGUUUUUAGUUUUUAGUAGUCUCAACUAGUCAAAAGUGAAUAUGAAUUUAGAAAUAUAAAAGUAAUUUUCUAAAAUGUGGGUUAUUUAAUUUGUAACAAGAGUGUUGUGCUGUGAUGCAAUCAGAGAAAACGAGGAGAUUAUCUGGUAAUUUCCUGUCACUGGCCCUGGCAUUUACCAUGGCAAAUUGCUGGUGCUUUGGAGGUCAUCAGUGAGUACUAGACAGCAACAGUAAUUUUAGACAGAAGAGAGCAUCGACAAUACUUUGGAGGGUGAUUGAUUGUUACUGUUACUGAAGGUCAAUAGCGAUUUCUCAUGGUUUAUUUUACAUUGUGCAGAAGUUUUUGAGUUCCAAGUAGCAUGCACAAGCACCAAGUCAUAACAUGAAACAAAGCUGUUCCUGUAAAAAUGAGAAUUAAAUGAACAGUGCCUGGUCCUGCCAGACCUUAGAACAUUCAUGCUUGAAUAAAGCAUACAAGAAUACACUGUUGCCUACACCUGUGUGGGCUUUCUACUGUUGGAAAACUAAUACUAAGACUUGGAAUUGACCUUUUAAACCUUUAAAGCAGUGUUCUCAAAUAGCUGAGAGAAGAGGAAAUCUGACAUCAAAAUAGAAGUCUAUUGUGGUGUCUUUUGAGGACAUUUUUGUUGUCUGGGGGAAGCAGGUACGUUCAUGAGCUAACAUGAGCUUAGGCAGGAUGGGAUGGAGGCUGACGGGCUGGUGGGUCCUUUCAUAGUGACAUUUGGCUUGAGCCAAUACACUAAAGAAUAUUUGGUUGUAAUGUUUUCAGCAGCAAAUUCUCAUAGAUCAACAAAGAUGAAAAAUACACACAGACAGGUGUAUGACAAUACUCCUGGUGAUUUUAUUUUUUUAGCAGAAAACGUGGGAUGAAAAAGGCAGUGAAAAAAGUACUACUUCAGUAAUUGAUUUUCAUGUCUACAAAUGAAACUUCAGUAUGAUUACACCUACUUGCCCCAUCCAUGGAUCUGUGCAAGGCCAGGUUGGAUGGAGCUCUGAGCAAAGUCUAGUGAAGGCUGUCCCUGCCCAGAGCAGGAAGGUUGGAAGUAGCUGACCUUUAAGGUCCCUUCCAAUCCAGGCCAUUUUAUGAUUCUGCUGACCUGUAGAUGCCUUGCAGAUACCACUGCAGCUACUGUGUUCUGAGUAACAAGGAGUCUUGUCUAAAUCCUAGCUCUGCAUCUGAAUCUGGGCAAAAGAAGUUUAAAUCUAGUAUUACUCAAGACCUAUGUCUCUAAAUGUUGUUAUAUAGCAAAAUUAACCUAGCAAGAGGGCAGCUUUAAAAUGCAAAAUCUGAAAAGCAGCUAUGUUUUGACCAUUGGUUCAGGAUGAGAGCCAAAGUAUUUUUACAAAUACAAGAGUAGAUGGUAAGAAUUUUGUGCUCAAGAAGGCCAGAAAUUGGAGCAGUUUCUGCAGAGCUGGAGAGGGAGGGUUUAGCAUUGGGUGUGGGAAGGAGAACAAAUUGUUUGAUGCAGCUGUGUAGUCUGGAUUCUCCACUGAACUGAGAGGUCAUCAGUGUAGCAGUUACAGUUGAUGUUGAUAUUUUGUUACUGAGAAGAUGCUGCUGCUUUUAUAGUGCUCUUUUGAGUGGCAAGUACAGCAAAUCUGGUCUUCAAAUCCCUUUUUUAGUAAAAUGGCAGCUAUUGGAAAGCUGCAUAGAGCAAUUCAUGAGUGCCAUGUCAGGCUUUUAGUAAAGCAAAACCAGGCCAUCCAAGGGUGAGUAGACUUGCUUUUUCUUCUGAAGCCUUGAAUUUGUUGUCAAGGACUGGCCUAGGUCCUUUUCCGAAUGGGCUCCAUCUUUUCUUGGCUGAAGCUCUGUAAAUUGUAUCAGCUGCUACUUAACCACCAAGAAGGAGAAAGCUUGCUGUGAAAUGUGUGGAGGAUCUGGAUUUGAUUUCUAGAUUAAAGUUAAGUCUAACUUAUAAGUUAGACUUCAUAAUGCUUUUUUAUUGUAGUUUUAGUUCUUUAUUGAGUCUUAAAUAGUCUGUAUAACCAACUACUGUAAGUUAUAGUGUAUUAUUACCCUAUUUCAUAUAUGCAAUGUCCUCCUGUAAGUUAAACUGUAAAAUAUUGACAGCCUUUCCAGAAAGUUGCAAAAAGUCAUCAUAAGAAGUAAUCCUGGAUAGCGUUAGACCAUGUGAACCACAGAAUCUGGCGCUUCCAGAGAAAGUGUAUAACUAAUAUAAAACAGAUGUGAUGCCAGCAGGUCUUUAGAUUUUAUUUUAUAGACAUGCCUUUUACAGUCAUGCAGACCUACUUUUAUAUUUUCUUUUAUUGGAAUUGUUCCUGAUAUAAAUACAAAGACUUAGUACUAAGUAAUAAUAGGUAUUAGUCCUGAUUUUUGUUGUGUACUUUCUCAUAAGUGGACAGCCAGGAGCAUUCUCUGCAGAAAUUGUAGUGUAGGAGAAGAGGAGGUCUCAGGCUGACUGUACUAAAACUGUCAGAGUUUUUAUGGUUGUAUCGGUGUGAUGACAAGCAAGAGGAAGUAAAAUAUAUGGGAGAAAUAUUGCUCUCUUGUGGUGAAUGCUACUUUUCCUUCUGCUUUCUAUUAUUAUAUUGAACUUUUGUUUGAGAACCUUUUGGAAGUCUUUGGCAAGUGUACACCUCAUCUUCCCUUCAAUCGUUCAGGUUUUAAAUGCCAGCAGCCGAGUAGCCUCAGUGUCUGAAGUGUCAUCUCCUGACACUAGGUAGUUUCUUUUAUACUGAUUGUGCUCUUCUUCUAGGUUAUUAUCUUUUAAGUAACUAGCCAAAUAGUUUGGGUUUAUGGUUAAACAAGCACUCAAGCUUUAGCUGUAAAAAUGCCUCCAAAAAUUGUUUUCAGCAUGGUGUGAUUCCCAGGGCAUGAGUAUUUGGUUCCUACAGAAGGAGGCAAAAAAGGCCUCAUCUGCUACUCACUUAUUCUUCUUACAAAAGAUGCAAGAAUACCAGCUAGAAAGAGUUGGCCAUUGCUAUUUUGUACUUUUAAUCAAAUGAGAAAUUUCUUCUCUGUAUAUUGUCUCAUUAUAAUUACUCAUGAAAUUAACA